AUGCUAUUGUUUGCUUUCCCCACCACCCUCGUCCACCCCUACGCCCGCCUCGUCCGCCUCCUCGACACCAACACCCCCGCCACACCUCUCCCCGCCGUGCAACGCGAGUUCACCGAGCUGUGCACCCUCGGACGCGCCCUCGCCAUCCCCGCGGGCGUGUGCCAUGAUAUUGUCGAUCUGCUGGACGGUACGAGUGUGCACCUCGCGCGCGAGCUGGUAGGCAUCCGCGCGCGCGCUGGCCCGGGAAAUUUGGUGGGUGCGUUGAGGGAUACGGUGCUUCUGAUGGCGUGGGGGAUCGAUAAACAGGUGCAGGAGCAACAGGAACAGGAACAACAGCAGGGGAACGGAGGUGGUGGCGAGGGUGUGUGGAACAGCACAGCCGAGGGCAUCUUCCGCGCUGUGACGGCGCAGCUGCCCAACUGGUGGGACGACCAUAACGCCCUCGCCGUGCCCUUGCAAUCGGCCCUGGAGUCGCUAAGGCAGGCGAGGGGAAUGGAAGGGGAUGUACUGGGCGCGUUCAAACUCGCCGUUGGCAGCUUGGACCCGAAUACCUUCCCCGCCGAAGACGUCUUCUACGCAUACGACCGCCUCUUCACCCCCCUCCUCCCGCGCCGCGACGCCCUCCUGACCACGCUCGAGUCCGCGACAAGGAUGCUGGAGGACGCGGCGGGAAGGGUGUACGACUUCAACGCGACGCUACACGGGAUACGGGCGGAGGCGAAGGAGGGGACACGCGGUGCAUGUACGUUUGAGGGGCUCGAGGUGUUGCUUGGGCGGGUGAAGGAUGCGCUUGCGUUGCUGGACUAUGAGUUGGAGGCGGUGGGGGUGAGGCAGAGACAGAGGCUGAGAGAUGGUGAGGGUGGGGAGGAAGAGGCGAGGGAUGUGGAGGAGCGGAGACCGAGGAGGAGGAGGGAGAGGGAAGAGAGGGACAGGGAAGAGAGGGAGAGGGGGAGGAAGGCGUGGUGGAAGCUGUGA